AUGGGGUUGAAAUUGUCAAAGCAGGGACCACCCAAAAUUGAUAGCCUAAGUUUGCAUCAUCAUAUGAUCAACUACCUUACCAAGAAUUUCAUUCGAAACUUGGUAUCUAAACAAAGGAGAAGAAUGCUUAUUGCUGGCUAUGAUCUUGACAUGUCAUAUAUCACAGAAAGAGUAUUAGCAAUGUCAUUUCCUGCUGAAAGAAUGCGAGCAAUGUAUCGAAAUCCUCUCUGGCAGGUCAAAUCUGUGUUGGACAUGAGACAUCAUGACCAUUAUAAGAUCUACAAUCUCUGUAUAGAAGAAAGUUAUGAUCCAGCACACUUUUAUGGACGCGUGGAAGCAUACCCUUUUGAUGACAACCAUGUGCCAUCUCUUGAAAUGAUCAAAGCUUUCUGUGAAAGUGUGGAUUCAUGGCUGUCAAGUGACCCAAAAAAUAUUGCUGUUAUUCAUUGCAUGGCAGGGAAAGGUAGAACUGGCUUAAUGGUGUGUUCAUACCUAACUUAUUGCGGCAUGUCAGCAGAUGAGGCUCUUCAAUUGUAUGCAGAAAGACGGACAACCAAUAAUGAAGGAGUAUCAAUACCAAGCCAACGUCGUUAUGUAGGGUACUGGGAAAGUCUACUUUCUAUCCCAAGGGGCACUGGAUAUGGACCUCCAAAGGUGAACUUGCCUCAACCAUGUAGCAGAGAAUUGCGGCGAAUCCGGCUUUAUGAUACAGUCAAUAUUGACACAGUAUUCUUUGUGAUCUCAGAGCUUCAGGAGGUUCCUAAUGCAGUCUAUCGUCCACCAGUGGAAGUUUCCAGGAGCUGCUGUAGAGAGAUUAAGAAAGGCUAUCAGAGAAAUAACAGUCCUCGCUAUUAUAUCUCUAUUCCUGAAGGUGAUGAAGAUGGAAAGAUAUCAGAAAUGGAAGAACCUCGUAUUGUAGUUCAAAUGGACACAGAGAGUCCUGUAAUAUACCAAAAAUCCUGCUUGGACCAUUAUUUUGAUAGACCAAUACAAGUAACUGGAGAUGUACGUGUCAUAUUCUAUGAGAAAAUGAUAGGAGGCCGUCUUUUCUACUGCUGUUUUAAUACAGCUUUUAUUAGGAACAGCUUACUACAGCUCACAAUAAAGGACAUGGACAAAGUUGGGAAGAAAGGAAGAUCAAUCUGUGGCCCUGCCUUCUGCCUAGAAUUAUUGUUUGGCCCUGCUAAUACAGGAUAUUCAUCGUCAAAUAUAUCCAUUGGUGACAAUUUUAGUGAUGAUGCAUUCUAA